CAAAUUGAAUUGAGCAAAGAAGAAAUAUCUCUCUCCCCUUCUCCCCCAAACUCCUCUACUUUCAAGAAGAGAAAACCUCUCAACCUUAUCUUUACUCACACAACUACCGAUGGCCGCUGCUUCUCUCCACUUCUUAUCCUUAACUCCACAAUCCAUCUCCCUCCCCCGUUCUUCCUCUCCUCUCUUCACACCUUUUGCUCUUAAACCUCUGCGAAAACCCCUCAUUUCCCUUUCUUCUAUCAACCAUUACGCACGCUCCACUUCCAGCUUUGUUCGCUGCGUUGCUGUUUCCUCUGAGUUGGAAGAAGAGGUUGAAGAUGGAGAAGAAGGCCAAAUCUUCGACUUUUCUGGGGCUGACCAGCCGAGUUUUUCGCCUGACUUGAAACUCUUCGUGGGGAAUUUGCCUUUUACUGUUGACAGUGCUGCGCUUGCUGGCCUGUUUGAACAAGCAGGAAAUGUUGAGAUGGUUGAGGUUAUCUAUGACAAGUUCUCUGGAAGAAGUAGGGGUUUUGGUUUCGUGACCAUGUCUACAGUCGAGGAAACUGAAGCUGCGGCCCAACAAUUCAAUGGAUAUGAACUUCAGGGCAGAGUUUUACGGGUAAAUUCUGGACCACCACCUGCUAAGAGUGAAAAUCCGUCAUUCCGAGGAGCCAGGGGAAGGGAAAGGACAAGUUACGAUAGCACCAACAAACUUUAUGUGGGUAACCUUGCAUGGGGUGUUGACAAUCUUGCUCUUGAGACCUUGUUUAGUGAGCAAGGAAAUGUUAAGGAAGCCAGGGUGGUUUAUGACAAAGAAAGUGGUAGAUCGAGGGGUUUUGGGUUUGUUACUUACAGUUCGGCUGAAGAGGUCAACAGUGCAAUUGAAGAAUUGGAUGGCAUGGACCUUCACGGCAGAGCCAUUCGAGUCAGCCCUGCUGAGGCCCGUCCAUCGCGCCAAUAUUAAUGACUGAGUUGUUCAAGACCCUUAUAAUGAUGAUCAGGGGGAUCAACUGUUGGAUAUGCAGAUGUCUUGGAGCUGAUGCUUGAUAUGAACCGGAAGAACUUCUCACUUUGACUGACAAGUUGCAAUGGGAUUUUGACUUAUGCACCCUGACUAACAAGUGCAUGCGAGUGUUUUAACUUUUGCAAAUGUAUGGUCUGUGUGUGCUUCUGAUGAUGAAACUCUGUCAUUCAUUGGAGAACAAUGUCAUCUCAGAACAUCUCGCAGAAUCAUGAAUUUUGGAUUAGUUGACUUCAUGUUGUGUUGAAUGAAAAUGAUUUGUGAUUGUGUAUCGAAUAUGCAGUUUAGCCUUA